CGGGACUUGGAUUGUUGCCGGAUCGUUUUUACAUACACGCAGCAACGGUCGUCCGGUCGGUCGGUCUUUUUCUGUCGUCUGCGUUUCACGGCAAAGCGAAAAGCGGCGGCGGUGUUGGUGGAUCCUGUGUGUGUCCGUGCUCCGAAGGGAUUACUAUGGUUCGAUGACGAACGGGGACGCCUGGAUGACGUCGCGGGUGACUACCGACAUCGCUGGGAGGAGCGAGCGAGCGAAGGAGACGACCCUUGACCGGAGAUGGGAGUCCGUCGUCUGCGUCGUGAGCCACAACAUGUCGCUGAGCGAGCGGCUCAGAUCUCGGCAGUCGCCAGAUCCCCCUCCCGGUGGGGUCCUGUCCCGGAGCCGAUCGUUUGCCGGGAUGCUCGGUCACCGGCGAACCGCCUCGGCCGUGGGAGCGGCCCCCACGCCUGCCUUCGGCACGGACGGGGGCAGCAGCCUCAGCAGCGGCGGCAGCUCAAGUUCGAGCUCAAGCACCCUGUCCAAAGGGUCUGUGCUGGGCCAGCACCAUAGUCCGCAUGCGCCUCGGCGCAUCCUCCAAGGCAUUUCCUCGACGUGGUCCGGGAAGCCGCCCAGGUCCCCCCGACCUGCCAGGACGCUCCUCAUCUUCAACGCCGUGGAGAGGGGACUCAGGGAAUGUGUAGGUUUAGCACAAGAGGACAUCCUUAGUCUCAGGUCCUCUGUGGAUAACCUGUCACUGUCUUCCUCGCAGGUGAGACCCUUUUGCUUUUCACUCUCUUUUUGCUUUGGGUGUCGUUCAGGCGAGGGUGAGGUGACAUUCGAGGCUUCGCUCUUUUUCUCUUCUACACCUCAGUCUCAGGGAAAGCUGUAUGAUUGCGAGAAGCAACUGAAGACAGCUGAGCGAUACCUCAAGCGACUUGAGUUCCAGCUCUCCAAGGUGGAGGAGUUGCGCGAGCAGUACGAGGUGCAGCAGAGGAUGCGGGACGGAGUGCGGAGCAUGGCGUACGCCUACGUGCUCUCUCCGGGCUGCGAGAAGGACAACGCCCUGCACGGGGUGCGCUCGGGUUACCGGGAGUGCGUGGACACCCUGUGCGUUCUGGAGGCACACCUGGAGCAGCUUAUGGGCACCCUCCAGUUCCAGAUGAAAGGGAUCCAGGGCUUUGCUCGUCUCUGCGCUGGGGACAACUUUGAGAUCAGCGUGAAGCACGGGGAGCAGAAGUGGAAGUCCCGUGGUAGAGUCCAGAAGAACGGGCAGCAGGUCUGGGACAACCAGCAGAUUAUCGUCAAAGCCCUUCUUGGGGAGUUCCUCUUCAUCAAGGCCGUGGAGGUGCGGGGCCUGGGCAAGAACGUGCUCCUGGGGAACAAGUCGUGCGAGAUCAAGGAGCUCUUCAGCUCCCACUCGCAGCUGAUGACCGUCAACCUCAACUCCAGCGGGUCGCUCAAACUCAACCUCAUCAUCACCUGGAAUCCUCUGCACGGCUGCCUCGAAGACUCUGUGGCAGCGAGCAAGCAGUCGCCUCCUGUCCUCGGAGUGAUGAGCUCACCCUUCACCAGGCGGCGAGGAACUUCGCCCUUCCGGGGUGAUACUAUUCUCGAAAGAACCGGGAGCCUCGCGCACGAGUUGGAGCAGAGCCGAGACUGGCGGCAGCACUCCAAGGACUGGGACGGGCGCUGGCGGCUGCCCCCAGCCCAGGGCAGCGUGUCCGCCCCCGGCUCGGCCCUCACGAGCCCCAGCGAGGAGUUUCCCCGCGCGGCAGUGGGGCAGACGCUCCUGGUCAACCCCUACCUGGCGGGAAGGGCGCAGAGCCCCACCCUCAGGGCCCUGGAGAGCACCACCUCCCAGAGGUGGUCCAACACCGCCUGCGAUAGCAGCUCGUACAGCUGCGGCAGCAGCUUGGACCUGGCAGAGUCCGGCAACAAUGGGACGGGUCCUCCGGCCGCGCCGGCCUCUUCCCCCCUGCGCGAGUCCGUGCAGGGCCUGAGUGCGUGCCUGGAAGACAUCCAGGGACACUACCCGGAGCUCCACUCCUUGGAGCAGAGCAUCGCAGAGCUGGACCGUAUGCUCAGGAAGCGGAGUCGGCAGCGCCGUGCUUCAACGGGCUCCAACGCCAGCAUCUCCAUCGAAAGCGCCCUGGGCUGCUUCGACUUUCUCGACAGCGAGGAGACCGAAUCGUCCGAAAGCAGCCCGGUUCGUCAGACGACUCCGUACCGGAACCGAGAGGCCAAGAAGAACGGCGGUACGGCGGACUCGGGCGUGGCGUCGCUCCGAGACCGCAGAAGCCCCGACGCCGGAAGUUCCACGCCGAGCCCCGUGAUGGCCUCCACCGGGUCGGAUCAGCUGGACUGCGCCAUUGCUGUGCACUGCUGCUACUGCAUCCGGCUCGUUGAGGGUCUGGGAACCUUCGGCCCCCUGCGGUCUCGGGAGAGAACGUCUCUCGAGAAACUGCAACUCCAGGCCCGCGUCCUCCGCAGGCUGCUCUCCGUGGCGCGUCGUUUCUCAGAGGACAGGAGGCCCAUAUACGGGUCCCAGCUGAUCGACGAGGACGAGGUCGGCCAUCUUUGGGCCCAAAUGGGCUCUGGGGAUGGGCUGGUGACCACGGUGGGGAGGCUGAGGGAGCCCCUGGCACACCUCGUCCACUCCUGCGUCAGCCAGGCCGCCUUCUGCGACAGGGUUACCUCAUUGAUCCUGUACAAGAUGCUGGACGUCACGAAACUUGAAGCGGACAUGCUGGUCACGGCGCUGCAGUUCCAGUCUUACUUUGCAGACGUCGGUGCUGUGCUCAUCGUCGAUCACAUUGAGCGGCUCGAAGCCGAACUGAAGGUCCUGGAUUCCUUGUCCUCCCGAGAGCUGCCCAUCGUGAAGCGGACACUGUCGGCUCUGAAGAACGUAAAGGUCUCCAGGGAGGUUCUCUUCUCGGUCUCUCAGAUGCUGGUCUCCGGGGACAAACACCUGGAGCAUCUUGCCGAACAAUACCUCAAGUCGGCUGCAAGGCUGCUGUCAAAGGCAGAGGUUUGCGGGGCCCUGGUCGAGGGUCUGGAAGCGGAGGCUGCCCUGACGCGACAGGGCUGCUGCAAGGGACUGUCCCUCCUCCAAGCCCACGAGUACAUGGAGGAGCUGGUGCAUCUGUCGUACGCGGACGAGGUGGCCAAGGUGCGACAGCAAGCCAAAGAAGCGCUCUUCUCUUUUGGCGAGGACGGCCGAAGGGAGUUCCAACAGUCCCAACUGGUCGUGCACGGAUUCCAAGGUCUCACCGUCAAGUAAAAACGACAAGGAGAAAAAAAAAAGAAAGCUAAACCGAAGACGAAAAUGUACCACGAACAAAAACGCCCCUUCGCAACGUCUCCCUGGCAUCUCCCCCGGGGUUUGUAGCGACGCAUUAGUCGGGUACUUCUGAACCAAAAAACAGGAGUCGGAUUUAGCGUGUAGCCAAAACUAGCCGAGACAGAUAGCAACCAAUUCCCCGAGUCUAACGUCAAGCCCACUUCGCCAACGUACGGUGGACCUUUCCGUUUUUCUUUCCCCUCCACAUAUCCACCACUUUGCAGUUCCUAAAAGUUGGACUUGUUUUCUAUUUGCCCUUUGUGUAUAUAUUAUUUUUAGCUAGGGGUUAGCAUUGUUUUCUUUGUGAUAGUGUGGAAAAAAAAUCUUUUUUUCUGCAAAAUCUUUUUAAUGUUUUUUUGUUUUUUUGUUUUCAUCUUUAUAAAUGGUGACAGGUUAAGAACCAUGUAAGAUGGUCUGCCUCAAGCACAAGCUAUCUGCCGUUGGUAACCCUUUGUCGUGCUCACAACCAAGGCCCGGCAUGAAGGCAAAGAAUACGUAUUGGAGGCAGAGCUUCUGCUGGGUUCAUAGCCUGUCACUGACUCUACUGAGCAAUUCAAUCGCUUUAGAAAAAAAUAGGGGUACCUCUCUACAUGAGUGUAUGCUUCUUUCGUCAUAAAUGAUUUUUUUUUUGUCCCACAUUUGCAUGCAUCGUGUGUCGGUGCUGUGCACAAAAGAGCCGUUUCAUACUUUGCAGUAGAGCCGUUUAUCGCAAUUUCUCUGUCGGCAAGACCUGAUGCUACGUACGUAACUUAUCUACCGAUGAAGUCCCUUUGCGGACGUGAUAAUAACCACGAGCUUCUUCAACAAGCGUGCCAUUGCCGUGGGCAAACUUGAGUGCAAUUCCCUCGGAACUUCCAUAGUAAAGUUCGAAUGGAGAUAUCUGCAGCAACGGAGGACAUAUCGCUGUCUAGUCAAAUGGAUUUAGCCUUUCAAUAUCAUUCCAGAUAUAUAUACAUAUGUAUGUGAAAGGAAAGCUUGUUGCUUUUUAAACUUUGGCUCAAGUUUGGAUUUUAUUUCCUUGUUUGUUUUCCUGCGGAAAUUGAUUUUAGAGUUGGCUUUCCGUCGUUUUGAUUUUUUUGUUGCAGCUACAAUGUAAACACUUGCCAAAUUUCUUUUUGCAAGAUUGAAAACAAAUAAUGAAUGCAGAUUUUUAAAUAAAAAAAAAGAAGUUGGUGCAUGUACGAAAAA